AUGACCAGGGCCUGUGAGAUCAUGGCCGUCCUCAUGGCGAUGGGUGGACAGGAGGUGUUGACCGAGGAUCAGUUGGCUCAGGUGAAGGAUCGGUCAGAAGGAGCCAACUUCGUGGACGAGCUGAGACGGGAGGUGGCCAAGCGCUUGGGUCUCCCCAACUUCCGCCAGCUGCAAGUGGUGGAGCCCCAGGAGGGUCGCGCGGAGGCGGCGGAGGCGGCGGAAGCGGCGCCGUGGGCGGUACUGGUGCGGCCGUAUGUGGCGCAGGACCUGGCGCCGCACCUCUUCCGUGCGGCUGCGGUGGGGGACCUGGACGAGCUUGCCGUCAAGAUGCUUCCCAUGAAACUUGGGGCCCAGUUUCACAGUUUCCAGGCGCAGUGGGAGGAGGGCUCCUUCUCGGAGGAUUUACACUCGGAAGAGGAGGCUCCGCAAGAACCCACAAGCUGCUGGGAGAAGCUGUGCGCCCUGCAGCAUGGGCUCUCCGAGGUUGAGAGGAAGAUCAGCAAGCACAGCAACCUGCACGAGGCGCGGCGGGCGCGAUGCACGCGGAAUCGCCACCGCUGGGUUGUACUUCAGCAACGAUGCGUUCCAGCGCGCUUUCGCGCCUUGCUGCCGCCGGGCGUUCUUCACGCGAAGGAAGCCGUGCCGAGCGCGGUGCAGUCGCCAGGGGCCCCCGCGGCGAUCCCGGAGCGGGCGGCGCACGCGGCGCGCGCCCGGCCGAGCCGCGGCAAGAAGUUCCGGCCGCCGCCUGCGCUGCCGGAGGCUGAGGCGAAGCCCGCGUUUUGCCUCGACGCCGAGCCGCCGCUUCCGCGCGAUCCGGCGCGGAUGACCCGGAAGGCCGCGGCGCCCCUGGGCUUCGGGCUCCGCAAAGGCCCACGCCCGGAAGCCCCGGCCGGCGCGCCACCGCCGCCGCCCGGCGGCUUCGGCGGCUGCGCGCCGAAAGCGCCGGAGCCGGCCAAAGCGCCGGAGCCAGCGCCGGAAGAGGAGGCGGUGAAGGAGGAGGAUAUGCUGCAGCAGCUGCAGCGCAUCGCGGCGGCGGUGUCCCAAGCCUCGCCCGACUCCGACUCCGAGGGAUCCUCGGAGGCGGCGGCCGCGUUUGCGGCCGCGGCGAACGCGGCGCCGGCGCCGGAGGUGGUGGUGCAAGAUGCACGGGUUGCACAGGCGCGAAGCACGGCGAGUGAAGCGCCGAAGGCCGCGGACAUGACCGCACACACCUCUCCGAUGGCCGCGCACUCCAAUCGAGCGCCGCUGCCUCCGGUGGCUGCGCAUGAGGCGCCGGCGGGCGGUUGGCUGGCCGCCUCCCAGCGAGCCGAAAGGUUCCCGGAGGAGCCAAGUGUUCCGAGCGUCCACCAGCCGGCCGCGCCUCCGCCUGGCUUCGCAACCACGAGGGCGCCCUUCCCGGCACUCCAUGAGGAGCCGAGGCCCACCUUGGCCUCGUUGCGGGAGGAGGCGGGCGACGCGUUGGGCGAAGAGGAGUUGAAGGAGAUCCUGAAGGCUCUAGACGCGGGCAGUCGCCCCAACAGCGAGGCAGGCGGCGACGCGGGCAAUGUGGAUGUGAUCAACGUGGACUCUGACUCGUUGGAGGAGGAUGCUGAUGAGGAGGAGGAAGAAGAGGAGGACGAGGAAGACGAGGAGAGUGAGGAACGCGCCGAUGAGUUGGAAUCCAUGGAGUAA